GGUAUGUUACUGGCAACAGUUUGGUUUCACGUUUUGUGGUUUUUAACAGAACCAGAUUAUGUAUUUUGUGAAUAUUGUAACGUAGCUGAUAGACGACAAACGUCACAUUCUUCAUCCUACAAUACUAAUGGCUUUCCGAACGGUAACUCAUGUAACGCUGUAGAUGGAAAACCUAGUCAGGUUUAUGAUGAUGGAACAUGUGUGCAUACCGCCCUGGAAACAGAUCCCUGGUGGCGAGUAGAUUUAGGAAAUACAUAUACAGUGGAUCACAUCAACAUAUCUGUACGGUCAGAUAAUCCUGGAUAUAAACAUUAUAAAAAAUUCAGCAAUGUUUCGAUAACAGUUGAUGAUAAUUAUUGUGCCGAUUAUUCCGGACCACCUGAAUUUUCAACUAUACACAAACCAAUCACACUCACUUGCGCAUCUGGUGCAAUUGGACGUCAUUUGAAAAUGAUACGACAGGUGCCCAACGAUAAUUUUCAAUUCUGUGAAGUAAAAGUGUUUGCUAUUCUUCCAUCUUGUGGUGACCCUCUUGAAGAUUGGAUGUGUGGCAGUUUAUGCUAUAAUGCAUCAGCGAAAACUAAUACUUGUCCUGAAACUACUGCCACAGUAAAUUCUGGUAACACUGGAACCGCUGGUAGUGGUGAUUGUAUGUGCCCAUGUUCAAGUAUUGGAACAUCAGUUUUAAUGAACGUUACAAAAGACGAGUUGUUGGAACAGCUUUUAAAAAUUAUAGACGAUAUUAAAAUUGAUCCAGAUCAAACGUCUUUAGCGAAAAGUAAAUUUACAUGCGCUGAAGAUAACAGACCUUCUGCACAAGCGAUCGGUUCUAUGGGUGUUAUUGCAUUAAUUGGUGUUGUAACCAUCAUAGUUCUAAUGGAUUUAGAUAGGUAUAUACGGGGUAUAAAACAGGUAAAGAAACUUUUCGUGAAAUUGCGAAAAAUGGCAUUCGGUAAGAAGAAAAACUAAAGUAAAAAAUCAUAGUUUUUAGAGACGAUUGAUUUGAUUUUCCACUUGACGAUGAUUUGUUACAUGUUUUUCAUUAAUGAAUAAAUCAGACAUAUCUUC